AUGCACAAUGUCCGCAAAUGUAACAAAACCACCUGCUGGGAUGGUUCACCAGCACAUUGCUCCAGAGGAGAAAAAGGUCUUCUCCAAGGACCAACCGGACACAUCAUAUGCAUCAACUGGCAACAUCCAGUCAGAUUCAAAAUUACCAAUCACAAUUGGCGUCAUGAAUGCUCGGCUCCAAAUAUCAUGGAGCUCACUAAUGCCCUUGCCAACAGAAAAACAAAGGCGCUAACACCAUAUAAACCAGAUACAUGGUGUACCAUCCUAAACGACACAGGACCCCACCAAAGCACACCCAAGACGGCCUACAUUGGUGGAUACAACAACUUGCCAACAAAAUGCAUUGCCAUUGGCAUCACCAUCAGAAACUGCUGGCACACUUGGCAACUCAAUCCAUGA